GUCUCUGAUAGCCUUGUCAGUCAAGGAAGAUGAGAAACCAGACCCUGGUGACAGAGUUCCUCCUUCAGGGCUUCUCAGAGCACCCAGAGUACCAACUGUCCUUAUUUAUCUGUUUCCUUUCUCUCUACUCUGUGGCCCUCGUAGGUAAUGUUCUUAUCAUCUUGGCCAUCACCUGCAACCCUGGGCUCUACACCCCCAUGUACUUUUUCUUGUUGAAUUUGGCUACCAUGGAUAUCAUAUGUACCUCCUCCAUUAUGCCAAAGACCCUGAAGGGUCUGGUGUCAGAUAGGAGCCCCAUCUCCUAUGGUGGCUGUAUGGCCCAGCUCUAUUUCCUUACAUGGGCUGCAUCCUCAGAGUUGCUCCUUCUCACCGUCAUGGCCUAUGACCGGUAUGCAGCUAUCUGCCAUCCUCUGCACUAUGGCAACAUGAUGAACAAAGAAUUUUGCAGCAUGUUGGCUGCUGGAGUGUGGGCGCUCUGUGCUUGCAACACAGCCAUUCACACAGGACUGAUGACACGCUUGAAUUUCUGUGGCCCCAAUGUCAUCACUCAUUUCUUCUGCGAGGUACCACCUUUACUGCUUCUCUCCUGUAGCUCCACCUAUGUGAACAGUGUCAUGAUUGUCUUGGCAGAUGCUUUUUAUGGCAUACUGAACUUCCUGAUGACCAUUGUGUCCUAUGGCUUCAUCAUCUCCAGCAUCCUGAAAAUGCGCACUUCAGAAGGGAAGAAGAAAGCCUUCUCUACCUGCUCUUCCCAUCUCAUUGUGGUGUGCAUGUAUUACACUGCUGUCUUCUAUGCCUACAUAAGCCCAGUCUCCAGCUACAAUCCAGAGAAGAGCAAAUUGGCUGGUGUGCUAUACACCAUGUUGAGUCCUACACUCAACCCUCUGAUCUAUACUUUGAGAAACAAGGAGGUCAAAGCAGCUCUCAGGAAACUUUUCCCUUUCCUCAAAAAUUAAAAUGUGAUUCCCGAAGUUCUUCUCUUGGGAUUGGGAUUCCAUGGUGGACUGGUUUCCCGUGGGCACAUGAUGGCCUUGUUUGUGCAUGGAAGGUAAGUAAGCUAACCUUCUCCAGUCAGUGCAGUGUGUUUGUCGAUGACUCAAAGCUCUGGUGCCUGACAGCGACUAAUAGAAGAGUGUGCUUGAAUGUGAACUCACGUAACUCUGAGCCUGAGGCUUGGGGUCUCUGGGCCUAAAACCAUGGUGAUAUAGUACUUUAUUGUCAGAGAAACAAAAUCCUUUAAGAGGACGGUAGUGCCCCUGAAUCUUAGUCUUACAGCUGUAUUGAAAUGCCUUUAUUUACUUUGGAUUCACAACAUUCAUGUGAAGAUCACACUUAGAAUUUGAACGAUAUAUGUGGACCCCAUAGCAUUCUGAGGAUUGCAUGCUGUAGAAUUGCUUCAGGUGACCUCGGGUCCCCAAGAAACCCACUCCUUUUGUUCUCCGUCAACUCUUCCUGUUGGAGUCCUUUAAGCUUAAAAGCCAAUUUUUGAUGUUGAUGUAAACUAUUGUUUCUGCUUUCCCAUUUCUUCCCAUUAACAUUAGACUCAAGGUGAAACAAUUUUUAAGGUUCACCUCUAGGCCUUACCUAUAAAAGCUCCAUCUUUAUUACAUGAUGAUGUGGCUUAUGCACCUAGAAUAAUACCCAUUGUUUCUCUCCUCUAGAAUUGGUCUUGAACUCUGAUUAUCUGACCCAGUUGAUUGCCCUGAGCUAACACAAGUGAUAGGAGUCAGGUGUAGCAAAAGCAUUGUAAGAAGGCAAUGUUAUCCUUCUAUUGCUUCUGAAUAAACCUGGGUGAUCAAAUCUGUGUCUAAUGCAGAGAGAUCUUGAGUCUGUUCUUGUGUUAGAAACCUUUGUAGAAAAAUCUACUCUCUUUGUCAUAAUGACAGGAAAGAUGUGAACAUAGAUCUUUGGGAAUAAAGAAAUCCACAUAUUGUUUGUGGUAUUAGAUGGAAACUAUGAAUAAAAGUUGAUAUUUGAUUUAAGAGGGA